CCAACUAUUGAUAAUUCUAAUUUAAGUUGACCCACAUUCCGCCCUAGUCGUACGAGCUACAAAGCGCUAAAAAUCAAACGAAAACCCUUUAAAACAGGGUCUGGAAUCUGGGAAAGUGGUGUUCAUCUUAGCUUCAUUAUGAAAUGGCAACCUCCAUUUCCAGAAAUUUGACUAAAAACAUUCGCUUCAUCAUCUCAUCUAGCCCUUCAUCUUCCCUUUCACAACCUCGUUACUUUUCUACUUCAUCUGCAUCAACAAUCUCUUCCAUUGAUGGCUCUCCUCAAAAUCCAUGUCCUCAAUUUCAACCUCAAGCAAAAGAGAAAGGAAUAUGGUCCAAGAUGUUUCUCUUUCUUCCUGGGGCUAUUGCUUUUGGUCUUGGCACUUGGCAGAUCUUCCGACGACACGAUAAGAUCAAAAUGUUGGAGUACAGAAAAGAAAGGUUGGAAAUGGAGCCUAUUCAAUUCAAUGCUAUAGCUUCUAAUGAAAAUUCAAAUACUUUGGAGUUCCAAAAGGUGGUCUGCAUAGGCGUUUUUGAUGAGAAGAAGUCAAUAUUCGUGGGUCCACGCUCUAGAAGUAUCUCCGGAAUUACAGAAAAUGGAUACUACCUUGUAACACCCCUUGUGCCUAUUACCGGUAAUCUUGACAGUGUCCAGUCCCCCGUAUUAGUGAAUAGGGGAUGGGUCCCGCGAAGCUGGAGGGACAAGGCACUUGAAUCUUCUCAAGAUGUUGAAGAAGCUAAAGAUUUGUCUAGCACUGCUUCAUCAACUGGUGAAAAGCAUUAUUUUUGGCGAUUUUGGUCUAAAACACCCCUACCCACAGAGGUGAAAGAUCAAGCUCCAUCUGUUAGUCCAGUAGAAGUAGUCGGUGUGAUUCGUGGGAGUGAGAAGCCAAGCAUUUUUGUUCCAGAAAAUGAUCCUGCCUCUGGUCAGUGGUUUUUUGUUGAUGUUCCUGCUAUUGCCCAUGCAUCUGGUCUUCCUCAGAAUACAGUCUAUAUUGAAGAUAUUAAUGAAAACGUUAGCCCUAGCAAUCCAUACCCUAUUCCAAAAGAUGCUGGAACUUUAAUUCGCAGCUCAGUCAUGCCUCAAGAUCAUCUAAAUUACACAUUGACAUGGUAUUCUCUAUCAGCUGCUGUGACAUAUAUGGCUUACAAGAGAUUGAAGCCUAGAAGAACUUGGAGAUAGUUCCCGAGUUAUGGACGUCUUUCGACGUGUUACUAUACGGUUUUGAUCAUGUUCAAGAACACUGAAGUUCAGGUGCUGGCAAAUCAAUUACAGAUACCUUUGGUCACCAUGGUAGGGUUUGUCUUACUAUUGUCACUCGUCUUCCCUGCUAACUUCCAAGGGUGACCCUGCAAAGUUUGUUGAGCAGACAUUCAGAAACUAAAACUCGCUAGAAAAUUUUGAUUUGAAACACUAGAUUGACGUAGUUAUCUUCAUAUAUCAGCUAAACAAAGAUGUGCAUAAGCUGUACUGGUUUGCAGAACUGUGGGCAUCUGGCCUUCAAGAAAUGAACUCAGGCAGAUGCUCAUAUUAAGUUAUUAACCUAUAGCGGAUGUCGAAUAUAUAUUUUUGAUUCCGGAAUUUAAGAAAUGAACUAAGGCAUUUGCCUCAUUGGUUACAUGAUUACAUCAAAUAUGCAAUAAAUGAAAAAUGUUCUUGUCAAUUUGGUGCAACCUGGUUUGGCCCUCUAAAGUACCUUGUCAAACUUGAAUAUUGUAGCUUUGGUAUAGCACAAUUUUGCAGAACAGCCGGUCUCUCAUUUCUUUGAGAUGUCUCUCAAGCCUAAUUCAAUUAACCUUAAUGUCCACUUAGUGUAUUCUUAAUAC